AUGAAGUUUGUGUUGGCGGUGGCCUUUUUUAUUUUAAUUUCCUUGUGUGUUGAAGAAGGCUGUUCUAAAGAGAAGUCUUCAAAGAAAGGGAAGGGGAAAAAGAAGCAGUACCUAUGCCCAUCGCAGCAGUCAGCCGAGGACCUUGCCCGAGUACCGGCCAACUCCACUAGCAAUAUCUUGAAUAGGCUAUUGGUCAGUUAUGAUCCCAGGAUAAGACCAAAUUUCAAAGGCAUUCCCGUUGAUGUCGUUGUCAACAUUUUUAUCAACAGUUUUGGAUCUAUUCAAGAGACAACAAUGGAUUAUAGAGUCAACAUCUUCCUGAGACAGAAGUGGAACGACCCCAGACUGAAGCUGCCUAGUGAUUUCCGGGGCUCGGAUGCCCUGACGGUGGACCCCACGAUGUACAAGUGUCUGUGGAAACCUGAUUUAUUUUUUGCAAAUGAAAAAAGUGCCAAUUUUCAUGAUGUAACCCAGGAAAAUAUCCUCCUCUUUAUUUUUCGGGAUGGAGAUGUCCUCGUCAGCAUGAGGCUAUCUAUUACUCUUUCGUGCCCUUUGGACUUGACCUUGUUUCCCAUGGAUACACAACGUUGCAAGAUGCAACUUGAGAGCUUUGGUUACACAACUGAUGACUUACGAUUUAUCUGGCAGUCAGGGGAUCCUGUUCAAUUAGAAAAAAUUGCCUUGCCUCAAUUUGAUAUUAAAAAGGAAGAUAUUGAAUAUGGUAACUGUACAAAAUACUAUAAAGGCACUGGGUACUACACGUGCGUGGAGGUCAUCUUCACCCUGAGGCGGCAGGUGGGCUUCUACAUGAUGGGCGUCUACGCCCCAACCCUGCUCAUCGUGGUUCUGUCCUGGCUUUCCUUCUGGAUCAACCCCGAUGCCAGCGCUGCCAGAGUGCCCCUGGGUAACGUGUUCCAGCCUCUCUCUCGGGGGUCGGGAGUGUGCUGCAUCUUUAUAGAAAUGACUGUUGGAGAGACCAGAUGCAAAAAGGUUUGUACGUCCAAGUCUGAUCUGAGAUCUAAUGACUUCAGCAUCGUGGGGAGCUUACCGAGAGAUUUUGAAUUGUCCAAUUAUGACUGCUAUGGAAAACCCAUUGAGGUCAACAACGGACUUGGGAAAUCCCAGGCCAAGAACAACAAGAAGCCGCCUCCUGCCAAACCCGUUAUCCCGAUGGCAGCAAAGAGGAUCGAUCUUUAUGCAAGAGCGUUGUUUCCUUUCUGCUUCUUAUUCUUCAACGUUAUCUACUGGUCUAUAUAUUUAUGA